AUGCAACAAAACAAAAUCCAUGACGCUAUUUUGAACGUCAGAGUUCGUCUGCACAGAUUAGUGUUCCCUGCAGAUGUUCAUCAGACAGUGCUGAUUAAAGAAGAAGCUCCUGAAGAAUGGAGUUGUGGUGUGGACCAGAAGGACCCAGAGACCCUCAACAUAAAGGAGGAAGAGGAGGAACUGAGGACCAGUCUGGAUGUAGAGCAGCUCAGUGUGAAGGAGGAGACUGAUGACACCAGGUUCUCCUUCACUGCAGUUCAUCUGAAGAGUGAGGAUGAUGAAGAGAAACCUCUGUUCUCUCAACUUCAUCAGCACCAAGUGGAAGAUGGAGAUCUUCCAACCAGCAGCUCAGCUGACCAGAUGAAAGCAGCAAUUGGUGGAGAAGAUUGUGUUCGACUCUACAGAUCAGAUGUUCAGCAGAUGGUGCUGAUUAAAGAAGAAGCUCCUGAAGAAUGGAGUUCUGGUGUGGACCAGAAGGAACCAGAGACCCUCAUAAAGGAGGAAGAGGAGGAACUGAGGACCAGUCUGGAUGUAGAGCAGCUCAGUGUGAAGGAGGAGACUGAUGACACCAGGUUCUCCUUCACUGCAGUUCCUUUGAAGAGUGAGGAUGAUGAAGAGAAACCUCUGUUCUCUCAGCUUCAUCAGCACCAAGUGGAAGAUGGAGAUCUUCCAACCAACAGCUCAGCUGCUGGUUGGUUCCGGCCUGAUGCUCAGCAGAUGAUGCUGAUUGUAGGAGAAGCUUCUGAAGAAUGGAGGUCUGCUAUGGAGCAGAAGCCCCUCUAUGUGAAACUUCAUCAGCACCAAAUUGAAGAUAAAGAUCUUCCGGACAGCAGCUCAGCUGACCAGAUGAAUGCAGCAACUGUUGGAAAGGACUGUGGAGGAGCAGAAAUUACCAGGAACCCAGAUCCAAAUACUCAUGGAAAUGAUUCCAGUUUGUCAGAGACUGAAGACAGUGAAGAAGAUGUGAAUGAUCCUGAUUCUCAGCUAAAAGACUCAUCAGACUCUGGAUCAGAAUCUGAAGACCGUGACAAAGACUGGACGGAGAGCAGGACUCCUGAGUCAGGUGUAAAUACUGUCAACAAAUCUUGCAGCUUCUCUGAGUGUGAGAAACCAUUUCUCCACAAGCCGUCUGUUCAGAGAAAAAAGACGGGUCAUUCAAGAUUAGAGUCCUCAAGUUGUUUGGUUAGUAAGAAAUGUUUUAGACUGAAGAAAACUGGAGGCUCAAACAAAAAAAUCCAGUCAAGACAGAAAUCAUUUAGUUGUGAUGUUUGUGAAAAAUGGUUUCCGCACACGUCACAUUUAAACAGACACAUGAGAAUCCACACAGGAGAGAAACCAUUUGCUUGUGAUGUUUGUGAACAAAAAUUUAGACAGAAGUCAAAUUUAAACAGACACAUGAUAAGCCACACAGGACAGAAACCAUUUCUUUGUGAUGUUUGUGGACAAAAGUUUGCACUUAGAUCAUAUUUAAACGAACACAUGAUAAUCCACACAGGACAGAAACCAUUUGUUUGUGGAGUUUGUGGACAAAGGUUUCGACGAAAGUGCGAUUUAAACUCGCACACGCUAACCCACACAGGACAAAAACCAUUUGCUUGUGAUGUUUGUGGACAAAGAUUUUUACGAAAGUCACAUUUAAACAGACACCUGAGAAUCCACACAGGACAGAAACCAUUUGCUUGUGAUGUUUGGGGACAAAAGUUAAGACCAAACUCUGUUUUAAACAAACGCAUGAAAAUCCACACAGGACAGAAACCAUUUGCUUGUGAUGUUUGUGAACAAAAGUUUAGAAAUGAGUACAUUUUAAAGAGACACAUGACAAUCCACACAGGACAGAAACCAUUUGCUUGUGAUGUUUGUGAACAAAGGUUUAGACGGAAGUCAAAUUUAAAUAGACAUAUGAUAAUACAUACAGGACAGAAACCAUUUGCUUGUGAUGUUUGUGGACAAACGUUUGCACACAAAUCACAUUUAAACAAACACGCGAUAACCCAUACAGGACAAAAACUCUUUGCUUGUGAUGUUUGUGGACAAAGAUUUGUAAGAAAGUCAUAUUUAAACAUACACAUGACAGUCCACACAGGACAGAAACCAUUUGCUUGUGAUGUUUGUGAACAAAGGUUUAGAUUGAAGUCAAAUUUACACAGACACAUGAGAAAGCACACAGGACAGAAACCAUUUGCUUGUGAUAUUUGUGGACAAAUAUUUGUACAAAAGUCAACUUUAAACAGACACAUGACACUACACAUAGGACAGAAAUCAUUUGCUUGUGAUGUCUGUGGACAAAUAUUUGUAAGAAAGUCAACUUUAAAUGGACACAUGAGAUGCCACAUGGGACAUAAACCAUUUGCUUGUGAUGUUUGUGGACAAAGAUUUGUACGAAAGUCACAUUUAAGCAGACACUUGACAAUCCACACAGGACAGAAACCAUUUGCUUGUUUAGAGUGA